AUGAAGGGACAAGAGGCCGAUACCUCUGCCUUUGAACAAUCGUUAGAAUUGAUGGUUGUAGCCCGAGUCCCCGACUGCCUAUGUGAUGGAUUUCUCUUGAUUGCCAAAUACUCCAUGAACUUUUUGACGCCUGCCAGCAGCAAUGGUUUGCUUUACCAUGAUGCACGGGAUGGCCAAAAGGGCACUCAGCUUUGA